UUUGGGUUGCGCUCCUUCUGUAUGCACUCGAGCAUUCGCCGUCCACUGGACCCAUGACGUCGCCCUUCUUGACGGUCGAGGACAUCAAGAUGUGCUUCUCCAUCUUUUGCUGCGUCUGCGGCGUCGGGUCGCUCGGCCUCGCUGGCAACUAUGCGAGCGCUGGCUACGCGUGGGCGACGAUCGCGUUUGUCUUUAUGGCGGUCGCCAACACAUAUGCGACGUGGUGUAUCUCCAAGGUGCUCCUCGUCGCGCCGCGCACGGUGUUUACCUUUGGCGACGUCGGCGAGUGGUGCCUCGGCGUGCCCGGGCGGUAUGUCACCAUCGUUUCGCAGUGCCUUCUCUGCACAUUGCUGCCGAUCGUGUUUCUCGUACUCGGCGGCUCGCUGCUCGUGAUCCUCUUCCCAAACUCGUUUUCGCAUACGACGUGGAUCAUCUUGAUGGCGGUCACACUUCUUCCGGUCUGCCUCGUGCCGACGAUGAAGGAGGGCGCGGGCAUGGCGGCGGCGGGCUGCUUGGGCACUGUCUUUGCCGAUUCGAUCGCGCUGUACCUUCUCAUUGUCAACAUGCACGAUGUCAACCCAAGCGGCAUCUCGCCGCCGUCGCCGGCCGUCGACUUUAAGAGUGUCACGACUGUCUUUGGGAACCUCGCGCUCGCGUAUGGCGCGUGCAUUAUCAUUCCGACGCUGCAGCACGAACACACCCAGCCCGAGCGCAUGCCCCGGCUCAUCUUGGUGGCCCAGACGCUGAUCUCCAUCUUCUUCUUUCUAGUCUCGGUGCUCGGUGUCUUCUCAACGGGCUGCCAAACACCUGGGAACCUCCUCUUUGCGAUUGCGAGCUCCAACCUCGGCUUCACCGCGGACCGCGGCCUCGUGAUUCUCAGCUUCAUCUUUAUGCAGCUCCACGUCACGAUCGCGUUCUCGGUCAUUUUCUUUCCCGUCUUUCAGAUCCUCGAGCGCCUCUGCUUGGGGCUGCACGGGGACGCGCCGCGGACGUCGACGGCGCACAACCUCAUCAUGGAAACCCCCGUCAUGGACGGGCUCCAGGGCACCGGGUUUGGCAACGACAAGGUCCACCGCGAGGUGCAUGAUGCGUAUGCUGCGCCCGGCGCGUACCUGAAAGCGGCCAUUUUGCGCACGAUCAUGGUUUGCGUCUGCGUCAUUGUCGCCGUCGCGUGGAAGGACCACCUCGGCGCGCUCAUGGACUUUGUCGGCGCGUCGACAUCCUCGCUCAUCAACAUGAUUCUUCCGAUCCUCUUUUACCUCAAGACGUUUUGGCCGACCGUCUCGCUCGGCGAGAAGAUCUUUGCCGUCCUCUGCAUUGCCAUCUCGUGCUUCCUCGCCGUGUACGUUUCGAUCCAGACCGGAAAAGAGCUGUUUGCGCCGGAAGCUGCCAACCCUCUCGUCCUCUUCCCCAAGUGCCCUGCCGAGUACCAGCGUGUGGUCUUUACCAACACGAGCUACUACGCCCGUCCAUUGUAGACGCGCUAUAAUGUACGUGUAUAUAAAUCGAUACAAACGAUAUACCUGUUUUGUACAUUCCA